AUGAAGGCUGUGCUUCCGUACUCGUUCUACUUCUCUUUGAUGCUUUGUGGGCUUAUGAGCCUUGCCUUUUCUUUCAAAGAAGCAGCAGUAGCAACGCCUACAAGAGGCUGCUCAGAAGUCGAGCAGGACGCCCUGCUCGCCUUCAAAGCCAACGUCAAAGAUCCUUCCAACCGUUUGGCCUCGUGGUCUCCACGAAUAGACUGCUGCAAAUGGAGCGGCGUCGUAUGCAGAAGUAGCAAGGCCAGCAACGCAACUUUGUUCCAAGAGCGGUUGGAUCUAAGUGGGAACGACUUCGAAGGCACUCCAAUCCCACAUUUUAUUGGCUCUUUUCAGAAGCUCAAGUAUCUUGAGCUUUAUGGGUCCAAUUUUUCUGGAGUGAUUCCAUCUCAACUUGGCAAUCUGUCGAGCCUUUAUCAUCUUGGACUGCAGUCAACAAUGGAUGCGAUUCCAAUUGGCUCUCCUUUGGAUUGGCUCUCUGGUCUCUCUUCUUUGAGGUUCCUCGACCUUACGUUUGUGAAUCUCAGCACAGUCUCUCAAAGUUGGUUGUCGGUGGUCAACAUGCUCCCUUCCCUACGAGAACUCUAUUUGUUCGAUUGUAAUCUUAAUCACAUUCCCUCUUCGUUUAGUUCUCAUCUCAACCUCACUUCUCUCUUAAUUCUUGAAAUUAGUUACAAUGACUUCAACUCCACUAUUCCUAAUUGGUUAUGGAACCUCACCAAACUGUCAACUCUUUAUUUUGAUGGAAAUUCUCUUUUUGGUCCCAUACCCAUAGAAAUUGCGACAUUGUCUCGUCUAAGAGAACUAUACCUUGGUGGAAAUAAUCUUACCGGUUCUAUACCCACAAGCAUUGGAAACUUGACUAGUCUAAUAAGUCUCAACCUUUUUCGGAAUUCACUUUCGGGUCCCAUACCUAUUGAAAUUGGUAACUUGACUAGUCUAACGAGCCUGGACCUUUCUUGGAAUUCAUUUUCGGAUCUCAUACCUGUUGAAAUUUGUAACUUGACUAGUCUAACAAGUCUCGACCUUUCUUGGAAUUCACUUUCGGGUCCCAUGCCUGUUGAAAUUGGUAAAUUGACUAGUCUAACAAUGCUCGACCUUCGUGUUAAUUCACUUUCGGGUUCCAUACCUAUUGAGAUUGGGAAACUUUCCAAGUUACCCGAUCUAGAUCUCUCUCAGAACUCUUUAGUGAGCAUCCUCUCAGAACCUCAUCUUGCAAACCUAACCAACUUAAAAAGUUUAAUCUUGAGGGAAAACUCUCAAAUUACAGUUUCAUUAGACUAUGACUGGGUCCCUCCUUUUCAACUAGAAUUUAUUGAUUUAUCCUCUUGUAUAGUGGGUCCUAGGUUUCCACAAUGGCUUCGCUCACAAAAAUCCAUGAUAGAGUUAAGUUUGUCGAAUACAAGCAUCGAGGACAACGUGCCUAGUUGGUUUUGGAAUAUUUCAUUUGCCACCUUUGGGUUUAUUGAUCUUUCUCAUAACAAACUUUUUGGCACUUUGCCCUCAUCCUUAGAGGGCAUGACAAGACUUGAUGUUUUGGUUCUAAGCUAUAAUAAACUGGAAGGUCUUAUUCCUCGUUGGCCACCUCAAAUCUUGGCGCUAGACCUAUCUUUCAAUAACUUUUCAGCAUUACCAUCAAAGGUCUCAACUCAACUCAACUCAUCUUUUUAUUUUAAUUCUUUUUGGAGAGGAUUUCAGUUAAUGUCGUCAAAUAAUCAGAUCAAUGGGAGCAUACCGUCUUAUAUUUGUAAUUUGAAACAACUUGGUAGCUUGAAUUUAUCCAACAAUCAAUUAUCCGGCGAGAUUCCCAAGUGUUGGCAAGAAGCAGCUGCGAGGCUUUAUUUUGUUCAUUUGGGAAACAACAAGCUCAGCGGGGAGAUUCCGGAGUCCCUUGGAAACUUGAUUGGCCUACAGUCUUUGCAUUUAAACAAUAAUAAUCUUGGUGGGCAUCUUCCAUUGUCGUUGCAAAAUUGCAGUGGGUUAGUUGUUCUUGAUCUUGCUGAUAAUAAAUUUUCAGAAAGUAUACCGACGUGGAUUGGACAAAGCUUGCAAAAUCUGACUAUUCUAAGAUUAAGAUCAAAUGAUUUUUCUGGCAUUAUUCCUGCAAAUCUUGGAGAAUUAAAUGAUCUUCAAAUUGUUGAUCUUGCCAAUAAUAAUUUAUCAGGAGAAAUACCAUAUUCCUUUGGCAAUUUUAAUGCAAUAACAUCCAGAACAAGAACAAUGGUUCAGAAAGUUUCAACUGAAAGAGAAGUUGAUUUUAUUCUAUUCGGAGGAAGUGAUAGUAUAUCAAUUGUCACCAAGGGAGAUGAAUAUAUUUUUUCAUCCAUUCUUUAUUUGGUGAAGAGUAUAGAUCUUUCAAAUAAUAGUCUUAUUGGUGAGAUUCCUAUAACAGUGGGAUCUUUAGCAGGGCUUCAAACAUUGAAUUUGUCGAGGAACAAUUUAAGAGGCAAGAUUCCAUAUACUAUUGGUGGGAUGAUAUCAUUGGAAACUUUAGAUUUGUCAUUCAACAAUUUAUCUGAUGUUAUUCCUCAAAGUUUGACAACAUUGACUGCUUUAAGUCAUUUGAACCUUUCUUACAACAAUUUAUCAGGACAAAUUCCUUCAGGAAAUCAACUUCAGACACUAGAAGAUGCAUCAAUUUAUAAAGGAAAUGUCUAUCUGUGCGGAGAUGUCAUCCAGAAGAAUUGUUCUAAUUAUAAUAGACAUAAUUUGACAAUUGAAGGGUAUCAGAAUAAUAGAUCGCAGUUAUUACCACUUUACCUUGGCAGUUUUGCAGAAUAUGUUACUGGACUAUGGGAAGUUGUCAUGUUUCUUGCCUACACCCUCGACUCUUCUAGGUUGCCAAGCGAUAUUCUGAAGAAACUAGGCCCAGAGAUUUUGGAGGGCCAUGAGGUUCCUCAGGCCAGCUCCUUAGCAGAGGCUUCCUCGCAACCAUCUGGGGACCCUGAGACCCUCGGAACCGAAUCACUUCCUACUGAGGCGAUUGCUAGUGAGAGGGCUCCCUCUCCGCCUCCCGAGAAGUGUUUGCACCUCCAGCGCAAGAGGAAGCGAGUUAUCCCAUCAGUUCAGACCUCUCCAUCAAGGCCCCCUCUUUCGUAA